AACAGGAGGUCGACAUGUUGAAUAAUUAAUCAGCAGUUCUAUCUAUACUUAGCGUUGUGUAAAUGUGCGUGCGGGGGCGAGGCAAUGCUGAAAAGGCUACGGUGGAAAUGUCAAAUGAGCGUGACGACCACCUAUGGAGCGUCGAUAGUCUACAGCAAACGUUCGACGUGGCCACUGAAGUUGCACAUCACUUGCGAUCAGGUUAUCCAUUCGCUGUCGGUACGUCAACGACGAAAUGUUGCCACCGUCACGAAACGCCAAGGAUUUCGUUGUCACGGCCAACUCUAGGACGCCGUUGCGUCGCCAGUGUUCGCCUAAGGGGCAGGCUGUCUUGGACGCCGAAUCGUCGAGGCGCCAAUCGGAAAAUACAGCCGUAUGCAUGGCACAGGCCACUAAAUUCGUUAAAUUUUUCAAACAGAGUAAACGGAUUGCAUUGGACGCAAGUGAAACAUUGCAAAACGACCACGGCGAUACUGUUGUUUCCCCUUCGCAUCCACAAAACGAGAAAAGUAAAAUAACCAACGGAUGCCAACAAAAUCGAAACGACGAUGACGUGGUCGAUUUCGUACUGGCUUAUCGAAGACAAAAUAAAAUCAAUAUUUCCGACAAAAAAAGGAAAUUUAACGACGAGGAAGAACGUCAAAAACUUUACAAAGAAUUGAAUAUCCGCGGUGUUUUAGUAAGACUCGACGACGAUUCAACGAUUUCACUGGACGCUGGGCGGACAUGUUUUGCUUUGCUACGACUAUCCAGACGCCUAUUACGUCACCGUUUUAAGUGUAAGUGUGAAACUUUAAGUGAUGGUAGCGAUAGUGAAGAUGAAACGAAAACUUUCGAUCCGAAACAUUAUAAAUGUGAACAAAGUAACAACCAAAAAGUUAAGGAAAAUCAUGAUAAACCUCUGACGUCUGCUCAGAGAGCUCAGAUAGUAUGGCGUAUUAUUCUCGAGGUAGGUCUAAACUCCAAUAAUAAAUGCAACGAAAACGUGAUGAGCCUCGACCAGCUCUUAGAUGCAAAUAUAAUUACUGCUGCGUAUCCGCCACACGAUGGCAACCUUAAAUCUGAUUCGAGUGACUUCAUUAACGACAGACAAAGGCUCUACGAACAGUGGGCCCGACCUGGACUCAUCAUACCGAAAAGCUGGAAGUCGGACCUUGAGGUGAACGCGUUGAUCCGCCGGUACUACGGUACCCCAGUGGCUGUUUAUUUUAGUUGGCUCAGGUUCUACACCAUUUGGCUUGUAGGCCCAGCCAUAGCGGGCUUAAUAUGGUUCUUGUACGGUUUGAUGACUACUCGCAACGACCCGCCAACUAGAGACAUAUGUGACCCGAUGUCUCAAGUGGCCGACUGGAUCCUUUGCCCGACUAGGAAAUGCGAUAAUCAGUUCUGCGGGUUCACUCGGGUGCUAGACACUUGCGGCUUGUACAGGUGGACGUCCGCCGCCACUUUUGAUCGACCCGGGGCCGUCGUGUUUGCCGUAUUCAUGUCAUUUUGGGCCACUGCGUUCCAACAGCUUUGGACUGUCCGCGGAGAUAUCCUAAACGAGCCCUCCGAGGAUAUCACUGAGCAGCCUACGUUUUAUUGCGAAAAGUGUGACAAAAGCAGAUCGCUCUCUAUUCGGUCGGCACAACAGAUGCCGGAGAACCGUAAACUUUCAAUGUUGUCCGAGUCUAAUUCAAAUACGACCAGCAUUCCCAUGGUCACUCGGCCGAUGGUGUCUAAACCCAAUAUGUUUGUGCGUAUCUACCGGUGGUACGUGGGCAAAAUACCGACAAUAAUUCACGCUGCAGUGUUUUGUGUCACAUUGAUUGUGGCCGCCGCCAUCCCCGUGCUCAUCGUUGUUUAUCGCGGUCGAGCUAUCGGCUUACUAAUGUCAAACGUGUUCCAUCAAGAUGAAAAAGAACAGCUACGAUGGUCCACUCAACACCAUUCUGAACAGAGGCAUCAUAGUUUCUUUCUGUUGAAUUACACAACUAGCGGCGAGUUGAGCAAUUGGAAGACGGCCGUGGUCACCAUGUGCGCCGCUUUCGUCCAAUUGGCAGCCAUUGUGGCGGUGCAUCGGGCGUACAGCGCGGUGGCCGAGUGGCUUACCAAAUUCACCUACGGUUCGGUGUUCGAUCCGCAGUUUCAAAGUCUUUAUACCGUAUUCAUGUCGUGUUUCGACUCUGCUAACUAUUACUCGAGUUUGGUGUACAUUGCUUUUUUUAAGGGUCGUUUCGUUACCAGCCGCCAACGACACGUGGAAAACGCGACGGUGUUUUCUAACUUUUGGCCCAUCGCAGCUUUUCAAAAACUGAUACACCACGUACGGGAGGACGUAUGCGACCCGGCGGCGGCUGGUACGGGUUGCGUACCGGAGCUCUGCAUUCAACUGGCAAUCAUAAUGAUCGGCAAGCAAAUGGUGGACAACUUUAUCGAACUUUCUAUGCCACUAAGUUUGAACUUGUGGCGUCGAUGGCGAGCCAAGGUAAAUCGCCAGAAAAACAUGCAGGAUAAAAAGAUGGAUGUCACGACAACCGUACCAGCCAAACAGUGGCAGCUUGACUACCAACUUGAGGACACCGGCUCGCUGGGUCUCUACCAGGAAUAUUCCGAAAUGGUCGUUCAAUAUGGAUUUGUCGUCUUGUUUACAACGUCGUUUCCUCUGGCCCCGUUGUGUGCACUACUGAACAACAUCUUGGAACAACGAUUGGACGCAUACAAAAUGGUUGUGGCCCAGCGACGUCCUGUGCCCGCUUAUUUUUGCACCGGUUCCGCCCACAUCGGAAGCGAAAAAAACCUGAAGUGUUGCGACAACUGUCUUAAGUUGGGCACGUGGAAUUCGGUUUUGAAAAUAUUGUCCGUGAUCGCCGUCGUUUACAACGCUUUUGUGAUCGCUUUCACCAGUGAUCUCAUACCCAGGACCGUCUACGAAUAUAAUUUUGCUGGACAGUCACCGUCACUGGAAGGUUAUGUGGCGUGGACCCUGUCGACUGAACGUAACAUGACCGAGUACUAUUACGAUGGCCGGAGUGCCGAAAAUCGACCCGAUGUGUGUCGAUAUCGAGGUCAGUCAGAACAGAAUUCGUUUUUCCAUUGGCGAGUGUUGGCAGCCCGACUGACGUUUAGCAUUUCGUACGAACACUUAGUGCUUAUAGCAAUAGCGUUGUUGGGAUACAUCAUUCGGAAAAUACUUUCUAAAAAUAAACACCAAAGCGACACAUUUUUUAAGAGGAUUAUAAACGUUGACGGUGCAACCACUAAACCACACCUUUCCAACUUAAAAUCCAAAAACGAUGAAGUCAACGCAUCCGACAAUGACGACACCUUGGUCGUUAGCAGUACCGUUUCUCUGGUAGGCGCGACAAGUGCUGACAAAAGAAAAUGCUUUUCAGCGCAAGCGAGGCGGGUGCGUUCAUCCGUCGUUAUGGUCGACAUGGACAACGACGAUCAAGAAGGAUUGUAUUACAAAUCAACAUAAUCGCUAAUAAGCACUUUCGGUGGCGG